AUGGCUUUCCCUAGACCGAAACCUACUACCGUUGAGACUUUGACUAUGGAACGUGCCCAUCCACCUUUUAACGUUCGCAAGUUGAGCGUACUCAUGCAUGGUUCGGAAAAAGCUUUGGUGUUGAAAGAAAAGUUUAUGGCCGAGUUCGCUCGACAUCCAGCAUUCAAACUCAGUGACAUUCACGAUUUAUCAAAAGAUGAACUACGUGAACGGACCAUGGAAAAGUUCGCAUCCAUGGUCUACUUUGUCACCACGGAAUCACUCGAAACAUUCAGCCUACGAAUGCAGCUGAUUGGUAUUGCCGAUCCAUCCUUUUGGACCAGGUUCGGAGUCAGUUAUGGCCUGUUCUUGGGUGCUUUGCGUAGUGGAGCUACUCCAAAUCAGCUGAGCUACUGGAUCGAUCGCGGUGUCCUCGGUCUCAACGGCGUCAUAGGAUGCUUUGCCAUGACCGAACUUGCCCACGGGUCCAAUGUUGCCGGUCUGGAAACCACGGCCACAUUUGAUCACACCACGGACGAGUUUGUCAUACAUACACCACAUCUGGGCGCUACCAAGUGGUGGAUCGGAGGAGCCGCCAGUACUGCCACGCACGCAGCUGUAUUCGCUCAGAUGAUUAUUGAUGGGAAGAAGCAUGGGGUGAAGACGUUUGUCACUCAGUUGAGAGAUCAGAAGACAUUCACCCUCAUGCCCGGAGUCACGAUAGGAGACAUUGGGAAGAAAAUGGGUCGUGACGGUAUUGACAAUGGUUACAUACAAUUUACAUAUGUUCGGGUUCCCCGUGCUCACAUGCUCAUGAAGCAUACCCAGGUCUCAAGAGAGGGUGUUGUGACGGAACCGCCUCUCGCGCAACUCACCUACGGCGCGCUGCUCGGGGGAAGAACCUCGAUGGUGGCGGAUUCUAGUAACUCUGCGAAAAAGGCACUAACAGUCGCUGUGAGAUACGCCGCAGUCAGAAGACAGUUCAAGACGGGUAAAAGCGAGCUCGAGACUCAGAUUCUCGAUUAUCCCAUUCACCAACGUCGCUUGAUGCCGUUGGUCGCUCAAGCCAUUGCCAUAGGCUUUACUGCUCUCAAGCUACAAAAGAUGUACGAGGACAUGACAAUCGCGUUAGACACGAUGGACCCAUCUGAUCUCAAGGAAACUCACGCUACUUCGGCCGGUCUCAAGGUCACUGACUCUCGGGCGUUCUGCACAUGGGCAUGUCUUGACACGAUUGACAAGAGCAGACAGUCUUGUGGUGGACAUGGGUACUCUUCGUACUCUAACUUUCCACUGAUGUAUGCGGAUUUUGCUGUCCAAUGCACAUGGGAGGGAGAUAACACAAUUUUGAGUUUACAAGCUGGACGUUCACUUGUUGGUGCUUGGGGUGGCGCCAUCAAAGGUAAACGUCUCGCCCCCGGUGUCGCCUAUCUUUCCACGCCAAACGUCCUCAGCUUGAAAUCCGACUCCUCCCUCUCUCUCUCUGAUCUACAACGCGGCUGGUCAUGCGUCGCCGCCAACGUUGUCAAAAAGGCAGCAGAGGAAUAUGUAUCUCAUCUCAAAUCCGGCAAAACAAAAGACGAAGCGAUGGAGCGUUGUUCUCAGAGUAGGUUCAUCGCUGCCAAGAUACAUACUUAUGGGUACAUUUAUAGUAUGUUCCGUGAGGCCGUGGAGGAGAUGGAAUCGGGACCCGAGGCGGAAGCUUUGAGGACGGUUUGCAGGUUGUAUGGACUGUGGAUCACGGAAGAGCAGCAGGGGUAUUUCUUGAAGUACGGAUACUUUACUCCCAACCAAGUCGACGCCCUCACCUCCGCCGUGGACGAACUCUGCCUUCAAGUCCGAUCGUUCGCCAUCCCUCUCGUCGACGCUUUCGCCCUUUCAGACCACAUCAUCAAUUCCCCCCUGGGUAAAUGGGAUGGAUCAGUGUACGAAUCGUAUUUCGCUCAAGUCCAAUCGUCCAAUCCGUUACCUAAAGAACAUCCUUACUUUGAAAGACUCAUCAGACCGUUGUUGGAGAGGAAGAAUGAUACGUUUGAAGAUCCAGGAGAGGAGAUGGGUUUGGAAGAAGAGUUGAAGGAGAUGGAAGAGGAUAGGAAAGCGGCGGGUGAUAGGGAAAGGGAAAAGGAGAGACAUGUGAGGAGGGAGGAUUAG